AUGACAUCCAGUUUUCUCGCACAUCCCAAAGUCCUUUUGAUGGGACUGCGCAAGUCUGGAAAGACCAGCAUACAAAAGGUUGUAUUUGAGGGUAUGCAGCCGCACCACUGUGUGGACCUUACAACCACCGUACAACCGGAGAAGAGUACCGUUUGCUCCUAUGACUUUGUGAACUUUGAGGUGUGGGACUUUCCGGGGCAAACUGACCCAUUCGACUUAAACAACACGGUUCACUACGACGUGGGUGUCCUCUUGGAGAACUGCGGUGCUAUCGUUUUUGUGAUGGAUUGUGGUGAGUUGAUCGACGAUUCCCAUGCUCGUCUCGUGGAAACCGUAUGUGCUGCUUAUGACCGUGAUCCAGAGCUCUCAGUGGAGGUGUUUAUACAUAAAGUGGAUAAAUUAAGCGAAGAUCAUCAGGCUGAUCUGCUCACGAGUCUUCAGCGACGUGUAGAGGCUGAGGCAAGACAGCGCCUAAACGCCACCGCGCAGUUGCGCUUGAACUUCAACCUAACGUCAAUCUAUGACCACUCUGUUUUCCAAGCCUUCUCGUCGGUGGUGCAGAAGCUCAUGAAACUGCAGAUCCCUUAUAUCACAGAGCUUCUGCAGAUUCUAAAUAGUAAUAGCAACUUGGAUCUCUCUUAUUUGUUCUUGAGUAGGUCCAAAAUUUUCUUGUCUGUGGACGAGCGAAAUCGUGUCAAGACUCGCACAUAUGAAAUUUGUAGUGAUGCUAUCGAGGUAAUGAUGGGAAUGAAUCGUAUUUAUAGCAAGGGGAAGGAACAGGGGGAAGGUGAUGAAGAAGAGGUAAGCAGUGGUGCCCGGGGGACGGAAGCUGAGGUUUAUGCCGGAGCAAACAUUGUAAUCAAACUUAGUAGCGAUGACUGCAUUUACGUUAAGGAGUUGCCAAACUCUCUUACACUCGUGUCAAUGGUAAAAAAUGAGUCCUUUCGUAACCGAAUUCUCAUUGAUCAUAACAUCUCAGCAUUCUAUAACGCUGCUUAUAGUAUUUUCCGACGCAACUAG